AUGUCCGGCUCGGCUGUGAACCCGAAGGCGUACCCGCUCGCCGACGCUCAGCUCAACAGCUCGAUCCUGGACCUCGUCAACCAAGCAAACAACUACAAGCAGCUCAAGAAGGGCGCCAACGAGGCCACCAAGACCCUCAACCGCGGCAUUUGCGAGCUGGUCGUCGCGGCCGCGGACACGGAGCCGAUCGAGAUCCUCCUGCACCUCCCGCUCCUCGCCGAGGACAAGAACGUGCCCUACGUCUUCGUGCACUCGAAGCAGGCUCUGGGGCGCGCGUGCGGGGUGUCGCGGCCGGUGAUUGCUGCCUCCAUCACCUCCAACGAGGGGUCGCAGCUGCAGCCGCAGAUCCAGAAGAUGAAGGACGCCAUCGAGAAGCUGCUCAUCUGA